AUGGUUGUUGGUUUUCCGCUAUUUUAUCGUGCUGCUCAGCCAAGGUUUGUGGAACGACUGCCACUUCUAGAGCCUAGUCCCAAUAGUUCAGUUGUGAUCAGGCAAGUGUGGGCUGCCAACGCUGAUUCUGAGUUCCAAAUCAUAAGCAGCUUGAUUGACAAAUAUAGAUUUGUCUCCAUUGACACUGAAUUUCCCGGUAUAGUCAUCCUGCCCCACAACAAGACCUACUGGAAUCUUGUCCCAGAAGAAACUUACCAAGUCAUGAAGGCCAAUUUGGACGCACUCAAAAUUAUUCAACUUGGACUCACUCUGUCAAAUCAGCACGGCAACCUCCCUGACCUAGGAACCAACAACAAAAAUCACUACAUCUGGCAAUUCAAUUUUUGA